AUGGAAAACAAUUUAGUAAGCGGACCAUAUGAAAUAAAGCCUGAUAAUGUUCGUUCUGCUCUUCGCAUUUUACAAAAGAUAAAUGAACAUUACAAAGGCAUAACAAUUGAUGACAAAGAGUACGAUUAUUUUUGUUGUGAUGAACUGGUACUAGAUAAGACCUUUGCAUCUCCUUGGUGAGUUUAGCGCCAAUAAAAAAUUCUCCAAGCCUUUUUGUUUAAUCACGUUUAAGAACCUAGAUAAUGCAUAUUUAUCUAAAUCUGAGCAGGACUUCCUAGAAUUCUUUCACAGAGACGAGUCUAGACUUUAUAUACUAUUGUAAAGUGUAAGAUAUACACACUGGGCAUCGCCUUAUUUGCAAACUUUGCCAGUUGUGCUUUAUGUAGAUUGCACUCAGUAGCUACUCUAGUAUGCGUUCUCUAUUUCAUUUGUUUAGUAUUACUAGGUUAUUGUAAGCAAGACAACAUCGAUACAUUAAUUCUCAACCCAUUUGAGUUUUCAGUCGAACUUUGUAUAAAAUUCAUCACUUAAUAAAAUCAAUUCAUAUAAUUUUCUAAAUUUCGGAAGACCGUGCACACUUUUCGUACAUUCAUAUAUAAAAUCAUCUCUCAAGUUGAGCAAGAGAAGAGAGAGUUUUUUGUGUCAAGCUAUUUCAGUGUUCCUGAGUUUCUUUUACAAAUAUAAAACGAAAUAAUGUCAUUAGUAUACCUCAAAAUCCUGUUGAAAUCAAAUAAAUGUGUAAAGGUGAUGAAAACUUAUUAAGUAAACUAUUCGGAAGAUUUAUUUACGAUCAAUUGUUUACCCAUUUAAGUGUAAAUAAAUUCUUUUCCAAUAACCAGUUCGGCUUUUUACCAAAAACAUCGACAGUUGAUGCUCUAUUAUAUUUGUUACAUAAUCUGACAAAUAAUCUUAAUAAACAACUACCGGUAGAUACCGUCCUGGUCACAUUUGAUAUGGAGAAAGACUUUGACAAAGUUCCCUAUCAAAUAAUCAAUUCUCGUUUGUCAGCGUUAGACCUAUCUCAAACAGCCCUACAACGGUUUACGAACUACCUUUCCAACCGUUUCCACACUGUAAAAAAUAAAGUGUGUUACUAGAUGUGUAAAUCUCCUAAACGUUCACUCGACAUCGAAAAGUGUGUACCUUCUAUAGAUGGUUAGUCUCACGAGGGAACCUCCCGAGGUGAUAAAUCGCUUUUUGAUCGAGAUCUAGUGAGUUAUAGGUUAUCGGGCAGAAUUUAGUUAGGAGAUUGAAUCUGCCUCUACUUCAAGUAAGACGAAAAUACUUUCGUCCUAUACAUUUUUUCAAAAUCCUUAACGGCCUCUCUCCUUUGUCUAGACUAAACCUUAUCCAAUACGACCAGUCUGGAAGAUCAAGCCGUCUUAAUCAUUCAAGAACAGUAGAAAGUCCCUUUGCAAGAACAGAAACCGUUCUCCAAUCAUUUAUCUGCCAAACAGUCGGAGACUGGACUUUAACCCUUCUCGAAGUUGAUGUUACAUCACCCACAAUAAAGUCGUCUAAAACAAAGCUCAAGAACUAUCUUGAGCU